UUUAAGACCUCUCUACCUCAUUUGUUGACUACUGAGUUGUAUCAUCGCCUUCUCAAACUCCUCCGGGCCUGACUCUGAAAGAAAUGAAUUUAGAUGGCGACUGCAACAUGUCAGUCAGUUGUGGCAAUGGGAAGCUUAGACAGUGGCUGAUCGAUCAGAUUGACAGCGGGAGCUAUCCAGGACUGGUUUGGGAGAAUGAUGAGAAAACCAUUUUCAGGAUACCAUGGAAACACGCGGGCAAGCAAGACUACAACAGAGAAGAGGAUGCAGCCCUAUUCAAGGCCUGGGCACUGUUCAAAGGGAAAUACAGGGAGGGAGUCGACAAGCCAGACCCCCCAACAUGGAAAACAAGACUUCGCUGUGCCCUUAACAAGAGCAAUGACUUUGAUGAACUGGUGGACAGAAGUCAACUGGAUAUAUCUGAUCCUUACAAAGUGUACAGAAUCAUACCAGAGGGAGCCAAAAGAGGUGCCAAGGUUAACAGCGUGGAGGAGAGCUCAGCGCACGUGAGCCCUCUGAACUACCCCAUACCCCCACCCUACCCACCUCUGCAGCCCACGAUGCCUAGUUACAUGCUCCCUCAUGAACGGAGGGAUUGGAUGGACUACACAACGGUAGAGCAGCCCCAUCACCAGCCUCCCCAUGCUGACCUGCAGUAUGGCCAGUGUCCCUACCCUCCCACCCGACCGCUUCCCUGGCCCUCCUGUGACAACGGUUAUCAGAUUUCUGGAACCUUUUACACAUGCUCCCCCACUGAAACGCACACUUCCGCCUUUACAGUGGACCCCAGUAUGAGAGCGGCCGAGGCCAUGGCCUUCACUGACUACCGACUGUACGUGUCGCUCUUCUACCGGGAGUCUCUGGUGAAAGAAGUGACCACCAACUGUCGGGACGGCUGCCGAAUCUCCUCUGCGCCUUCCUCGUCCUCCUCUUCGGCGUCUUCCUCUCCCUCCUCCCCGGGACUGACGGAGGAGCGCUUCGGCGGCACUCCCGAGCCCGUCAUCUUCCCCUUCCCGUACCCACAGUCGCAGCGGAGGGGAGCCGAGAAGCUGCCCAACGUGCUGGAACGCGGCGUGCACCUGUGGAUGGCGCAGGAUGGCCUGUACGCCAAGCGCCUGUGCCAGGGCCGCGUCUACUGGGAGGGCCCACUGGCACCCUAUGCUGACAAGCCCAACAAACUGGAGAAGGAGCAGAUCUGCAAGCUGUUCGACACACAGCAGUUUCUCACAGAGAUUCAGGGAUAUUUCCACCAUGGACGCAGCAUGCCGAGGUACCAGGUGGUUCUGUGCUUUGGUGAUGAGUAUCCGGACCCUCAGCGCCAAAGGAAGAUGAUCACAGCCCAGGUGGAGCCCAUGUUCGCCAGGCAGCUGAUCUGCUUGACUCAGCAGCCGAGUGGCCACUAUCUCCGGGGCUAUGACCUCCCGAGCCAGGGAGCCUCGCCGGCAGAGGACUACCAGAGGGCUCUGCAGCACUUGCAGGAGUGAUCGCCAGGGGACAAGGCCAGACCAAUGACACACUGACAGACAAAAGACUCUCAAAGCAAUUUCCGCAUUUCAUUUUUCAGUUGUUUUGCAGAAUGUUUUAAGGAGACAAGGGUUGCAGGAGUCCCUUGUGUGUUUAAUAUUUAUGUUACAGUUUUUUUCUGAUUGCUAAGGCACUAUUUGGCAACUUAUUGGCUAUUUUUUUUUUUGAAAACUCUACACACUAACCUAUACAAAACCUUACAUAAAACCAGCAAAACAUUGCAAAUGUCUUGGAAAAGCACACAAUUUUAACAACAAAACUCAACAACAAACAACCAACAUGUAAGCACACAAAACACCAACAACACACUGGUCCUCAUUCCUCUCCACUUCUAACUUCUGUGUCUUUCUCUCCUACUCCUCCUCCUCUCUCUCUCUCUUUCUCUCUCUUUCUCUCCUCCCCUCUCUCUCUCUCUCUCUCUCCUUUUACUUCUUCACUAACGUCUCCUCCUCCUUCCUCUUAGUCCUCUUAUUCUCUGUCCAAUAUAAUCCCGUACUGUAAUCCAGAUGCUUACGUAUGUCUUAUUUAUAGUGCUCAAGCUCUGGUCAUCUCUGAUCACUUAGUGAAUUUGUUUUCUAAAUGUGUGUCUCAGUGUAGGAAGACAAUUGACAAAUUAGUGUAAAAAGUAGACACCAAUGUGUGCAGUUGAGCUAGCAGUGUGUUAUGAAAUUUGCAAAAUGAGUGUAAAACAGCAAGUUAUUUUUUCAGUUACUUCUGCUACAAAAUGGCAAACUAAGUGUAAAGCAGUACACUUGUUGAAUGGAUUGGCUACAAGUGUAAAUAGUUUCAGAAAUUGUGCUUCAAGAAUCACUGUUAGUGUUUAAGCAUUCAGAAAAACUGUAAUAUUUCUGUGUGUGUGUGAGUGUGAGUGUGAGUCUGUGUGUGUGUGUAUG